AUGCCGUUCUUCAAGCGGCUGGUGGAGCCCCGCUCCCUGUGCCGCGUCGAGAGAGAGGAGGAGAGUCAGAACCAGGGCGAGAUCGGCUCGCCCUUCCACGACCUGCUGGCCGUCAGCCAUGUGGCGCUGGCUCGGACCCUCCGCCAGCUGUCCGACCUGGCCAAGCACGCUUGCUCCGUGUUUGCCGAGCUGGAGGGCGACCUGGCCGCCACCGGGCACAGGCUCCGCGGGCUGCAGCGGAAGGUCGGCCGGCUUCAGGAGACUUGCAGCGAGCUCGACCCUAAACAGGAGCCAGUCCCCGUUUCGGACCUGGACGCUGAGAGCAAGCUGACGUGUCACUUCCGGGCUCCGUGGCAGAAACAUCGGAACCACCUGCGCCCGGCCACGCGGCCGCCAUGCGUCCAGGACCUGCACAGGGACGCCCACCUUUGGGAACUUCACAAUUUGUGUAUUUUUGUGAUGUUUGCAGUGGGUCAAAGGCGGGAGCGCCGCAUCAGCAUCUCCAUCUCAGCCUUGCCGCCCAUGCCCUUGUAUCCGUCGACGCCCGUCACCUCCAGGAAAGCCAGGAAGGGGGCACAAUUCACACCGUUCCAAAGCUCCCGUCCGCCCUCCCCCACCGAAUGUUGCCACUUCUCCCCCUGGAACAGAAAGACGGCGUCCUGUGACCUUGACUCGUCGGCGUCGCCGGGUCAGCGCUCCAAACUGUUCCCCGUCCCCAACACGCCCAGCACCUUGGACAAGCAGACCAACUGGUCCCGAGCGCUGCCUCUACCGACGCCCGAGGAGAGAAUGAAAUGCGACUCGCGGGUGGUCGCCUCAUGUGUCAUCCCCAUUAACGUGACCGGCGUGGGCUUCGACAGAGACGCCAGUGUACGCUGCUCGCUGGUCCACUCGCAGUCCCUGCUCCAGCGCCGUAGAAGGUUGAGAAGACGCCGGACGGUGGCCGGCGUUCCCAGGCAACUGCGCGACCUCGCCUUAGACUCCGACGGCUCCCCCGGCGAACGCAGCGUCAUCGUCCACGCCAGCUUGGACGACAGCCCAUCCAACGAGGACCUGGCGAGUCACCUCGUCACCAGAGACUCUGGCUGCCAGACCGAGGACUUCCUGAUCCCGGGGGCGCCUUCCCGCAGGAGGAUCCGCGCCCAGCGCGGCCACCAGGGGGCGGCGCUUUGCCUCUCCCGUUCGGCGGGCGACAUCGCCGACCUACUGGACGCGCCCGACGACGACUUCGCCGCCCAACUGCGGACGCGUAGCCUACCCCGAAACGGGAGCCGGGCCGGGAUGGACGAGGACGAAGCGGAGCUAGAGGAGUCUGCGUCGAAAGACGAGGACGAAAGCGGGGACGCCGGACGGCGGUCGGCGACGCCCGAGCGGGGAUGGGCGGAGAGGGCCCGGGCGCAGCUCCCGCGCUUGGCCGACAUGGGCAGCUGCGACAUGUCGUCCAGCUCCGACACCUUCGGCAGCCCCGUACACUCGGUGUCGGCUGCAGGAGUUCUGGGGGCCGCGGACCACAAGGACGAGCACCAGUCCUCUAGCGGGAACUGGAGCGGCAGCAGCUCCGCUUGCCCCUCGCAGACCUCGGAAACCCUCGCCCCGGGGACCUCGCCGCUUGCCCGCUGCGACUCGGAGCUUUCCUUGAACGCCACCACCAAUGACCACUUCGCGACGGAUCCCUACGCCAAUGGGUUGAGGACCCAGAGGGCGGGCUCCUUUUCUUCAGCGGCUAUGGACAUUUUAGAAGAAGCAGGGGCUCCCGGGGAGAGCGAGUGGAGCUACUCGCGCCCGAACCGACCUCAGGACUUCAGCCCUGAGCCCGGCAGGGAGGCAGAGAGCAGUCUGGGCUGCCCCAGUUUCGCCAGCAUGGCCACCUGCGAUAGCACCUUCUCCGACAAGCCGCCCUCGGAGAAAGCCGACACGGUCUCGCACUACUCCGAGGACACGGAAGGUUACUACACCUCCAUGCACUUUGACUGCGGGCUGAAAGGCAGCAGGAGCUUCACGUACAUCUACUCGGACCACGUGACGCUUGGGCGCCGCUGCCUGUCUUUGAGGAAACCUAAAGCCAAACCGCACCCGCCCAGGCGCAGCUCUUCGCUAAGGACCAUACACUGCGAGGACGGUGGCCCCGAGGAUGCCGGGGUUCCCCCGUCUAAGGAGAAAAACCUGCGCUUGCUUUUUUCCGGCUCGUCAGGUCACGUCGCCAAAGAGCCGCCCCCAGCCUGGGGGCCGGAGGGAUCUUUUGGGCCGGCCGCGGACGCACGUUCCUUCAAGGGCGAGGGCGCCGUCCAGGCCGAUUACGCCGACUUGUGGCUCCUAAACGACUUGAGGUCCGGCGAUCCGUACCGGUCUUUGUCUAACUCCAGCACGGCCACCGGAACCACAGUGGUGGAGUGCGUCAGGUCGCAGGACGGCUCCGAGUCGCAGGCCUCUCGGUCGGGGUCCGGGGCCACCACGCCUUCGCUGACGCCCGCCGAAGGCGACUUGAAGCUGGCCGGUUUGGCCAGUCCCUCUAGCGGCUACUCCAGCCAAUCCGAGACCCCGACUUCCGCAUUCCCCGCCGCCUUCUUCCCCGGCCCGCUGUCGCCUCGCGGCGCCAAGCGGAAACCCAAAGUACCGGAGAGGAAGUCAUCACUCGCCUCCAGUCGGAACCCGAAUCACUCGUCAUCCCGGAGUUAAGUGUCUUUAACUGCGUCCUUGACAACCGGACACCGACUGCGAUCCAUCCGCAAGGAACCCGACCCGAGUCCUGACUGCCCCAUUGACGUUUUUGACAACCCGACAUCAUUAGAAACGAAGAGUCGACCCUCGGAUGAAUUCCAACCGGCAUUUUCUUCCGACGAGGAGCUCGUCAACGGUGAGACGACGUCGCCGCCUCUGGACGAGGAAGAAGGCGAGUCGUCUCUCUCGCCGCCCGACGAAGAUCUCUACCCCUCGACGCCAAGUCCAACUGAUCGUCGGGACCAAACGCCCGCCGUAAGUCCGGGAAGCGAUGAAGAAAACCGAGCGUGCGAGUCGGAGAUGGAACUGAUGGCUAAAGAGGAAGAACCGCCUGCCGUUGAGAACCUCAGCAAAGAUUCAGAAAUGGAGACCUCGCGGCUGAACGAGUCGCAAGUGGAUGACGACGCCGUUUUUGUGUCGCCCACUAGAAGUCGCACCACGGACGACCUCUUCGCCGCCAUCCACAGGUCGAAGAGGAAAGUGUUGGGCAGGAAGGAUUCUGGCGAACUUUCAGCGAGGAACGGCCCCUCGUCUCUCAGCGGCGCAUCGCCGCCGGCCCGCUCCCCAGCUCCCGCCGUGUCACCUCUAACGCCGUCGCCAUCGGGCCCGCAGAGGGUCCCGGGCCCCAUCUACCGGAACGCCAAAAAGUCCAGUACCUCCAACGAGGAGUUCAAGCUUCUCCUGCUCAAGAAGGGAAGUCGCUCCGAGUCGAGCUACCGUAUGUCGGCCACAGAGAUCCUCAAGAGCCCCGUCGCACCCAGGGGCCACUCGGCGGGGGACGAGGAGGCGGCGGAAAACAACGAGGACGCCGAGGUGUUUUCGCCCAGGAACUUCGCAUCGCCUCAAACUAGGUUGGGCCGCACUAGGAUUCCACCACCCGCCAAUAGCAGCCGCUACGCCGCACGCGCCCGCUUUUACUCUGCGCCAAUGCAGGCCAUCUCCGAGGGAGAGGCGGAGAACUCAGACGGGAGCCCCCACGACGACGACGUACCCCCGCGUCCGCGAUUUGCCUGA